UCCUUCUGGUGUUGCUGCUGCUGCAAGCUGCUGGUGUUGCCGUGACGAUGAUAUCCUCCCCCCUCCCUCCCACACACACACACACACACACACACACACACACACACACACACAUACACACACACGGUAGAGCGCAGAGGAGAGGGAGCAAACAAGACACUGUCAUGACGCGAUGGCUUCAGGCUGGAAAAUAGACACUCAUGGCCUGCGUCUUAGGAAAACAUGGCUGUCCACCACCGUUUGAACCCUUUGUGAUUUAAAUCAACACCAACUUCUGUUGCUUUUUCCCCGCAAAUCAAACCUAAAGAGGAUUGGACGGGUAAAUGGAAAAUGUGUGGAGUUUUGAAUGCCUGGAACCCUUUGUACCCAACAGGAAUAUAAUGGAAUAAUCAAUGACUACAGGCUCAAAUAAAGGGCAUGUCUGAACUUUUAGCUCCGCCUCUUUGCAGCAGAGAGAUAAAGCUCUGACCAAAGUGGAUGAUUGUACACUAAAAAUACAGAAAACAAGACCUAGAUCUGAUUUCCCAGCACUCUUUUCUUGGUGCUGUGUGGCGAAGUCCCGCAGGAAGUCAUGCCUCUCCUAAGAUCCAACAUGUGCCAAGAGUUAUCGUAAGGAGUACAUUUGAAUGUUUUUGCCCCGUCCUCACACAGUCACAAUGGAAUAAAGUGUGAGACAAGGAGUUUACAAAAGCAAACGUGUAUCUGAACCACCAGCCCCUUCCCCCUGGCUGCAGUGUGGAAAAAGGGGCGUGUUCGGAGGUUUACCCCCACCAGGCUGUCGCUCGCAGAUGGAGGCCCACCAACACCAACACUCCCCAGAUAGCAGCAGUGAGGAGUGCACAGUCCUGGAGGCUCCGCCCGCUAAAAACGCCUGCCCCCAACAUGCAGGGAAGGUGGCAGAGCUGUACUGUUCGGCCUGCGAGUGUGCGCUGUGUGAGGACUGUAUGCUGGGCCACCAGGAGCACCCUAAGGUGCCCCUCAGCCAGGCCCUGGAGCAGCAUCGCAGCAGCCUGCAGGAGAGGCUGGGGGCCAUCCAGAACAGACUCCCUCAGAUAUCAGAUUCCCUGUCCUUCAUUAGGGAGAUCCUCCAACAGCUGACCAAUCAGAGAGCUUCAAUCGAAGAGGACAUCCAGUCGAGCUUUGAGGAUCUACACAAGCAGCUGGAUGUCCGGAAGAGUGUUCUGCUGAUGGAGCUGGAAGUCACAUAUGGACUCAAACAGAAGGUCCUUCAGGCCCAGGUGGACUGCCUCGCGCGGGGAGAGGGUGACCUCAUGGCCUCCUGUACCCAGACGGAGGAGGCUCUGGCUGGGGAGGCGUGUGUGGCGAGCCUACAGUUGGAGCAGGAGCUGCAGGAGAGACUGGGGGAGCUGGCCGGCCUUGGCCUACCAUGUCAGCCGGAGGAGAAUGACCAGCUUGAUCUGUUGAUGGAGACAGAUGGUCUGAGGAAAUCUAUACACAACCUGGGGACCAUCGUCACAACCAGUGCGGUGGCGAGCCAGAGCGAAGCCAUGGGUGCAGGCCUGGAGCAGUGCAUUGUGGGACUUCCUGCCUCAGUUACUAUAGUGACAAGAGACAAGUCAGGGGGAGCCUGCAAGAGUGGCAAUGCAAUCCUAUCAGCUGAGGUAUUCACCCCAGAUGGCAGCAUAGUGGAUGGUGAAAUACUGGACCACAAAAAUGGGACUUAUGAGUUUGUGUACACAGUGCCGAAGGAGGGCGACUUCUCAUUGGCUCUCCGUCUGUACGACCAGCACAUCAAAGGAAGCCCCUUUAAACUGACUGUCAACAGGAUCUUAGAGACAGAGGUAGAGGUGUCCCCCUCCACCACCACAGCAACCAACUCAGCAGCCUACGCCACCCCGUCCACUGGCUCCUCUGAGGGGGCAAAGAGACGAGGGAAGUCCCCCGGCCAGAAGAAAAAGGGCUCCAAGAGGGCAAGCAGCGCCUUGGGCACCCCGCGACGCAAAACCCAGAACCCCAUCGAGGACGACCUCAUCUUCAGGAUCGGAACGAAGGGGAGGAAUAAAGGAGAGUUCACCAACCUUCAAGGAGUGGCUGCUUCCUCCAGUGGCAGGAUACUGAUUGCUGACAGCAACAAUCAGUGUGUCCAGAUUUUCUCCAACGAGGGGGAAUUCAAGAGUCGUUUUGGGGUGCGGGGUCGGUCGCCAGGCCAAAUGCAGCGUCCCACAGGCGUGGCCGUGCACCCCAGCGGUGACAUCAUUAUCGCCGACUACGACAACAAGUGGGUCAGCAUCUUCUCCAGCGAGGGCAAGUUCAAGGGGAAACUUGGCUCUGGUAGACUUAUGGGGCCAAAGGGCGUGUCCGUGGACCAGAACGGUCAUGUGAUCGUGGUUGACAACAAAGCGUGCACUGUCUUCAUCUUCCAGCCGACGGGCAAGCUCAUCACCAAGUUUGGUAGUCGAGGCACCGGUGACAAGCAAUUUGCAGGUCCACACUUUGCAGCAGUAAACAAGAACAAUGAGAUCAUCGUGACUGACUUCCAUAACCACUCUGUCAAGGUUUUCACCCCAGAGGGAGAGCUGGUGUUGAAAUUUGGCUCUAAUGGUGAGGGAAAUGGCCAGUUCAACGCUCCCACUGGUGUAGCCGUGGACAUUAAUGGGAACAUCAUCGUAGCUGACUGGGGCAACAGCAGAAUUCAGGUGUUUGACGGCAGCGGCUCCUUCCUCUCCUACAUCAACACCUCAGCUGACCCUCUCUACGGACCCCAAGGUCUUUCUCUGACCUCAGACGGACAUGUGGUAGUGGCUGACUCCGGGAACCACUGCUUCAAAGUCUACCGCUACCUACAAUGAUGGAGGCUUGGACGGAGGAAGGAAAAGAUGGAUGGAGGGAGCAGUUGUUGGAAUGAAGAGAUAUGGUGCACGAUGUCAAAUUCUAGGAAUAAUUGCAUGAACCUCUACCGCUGCCUGUAACGAUGAAAGAAGGGAUGGAUAGAAAUAAGAGAAGGAAGCAAAGAAGGAUCAGCCAUCAGUAGACCACAACGAAACAAUGUUUUAGUUUUGACAUUACAUAAUUUGGAUUAAGAAUCACUGUAGUUAUAGUCAAAAAAGGAAACAGUGGAUGACAGAGAUUGGUGGGACAAAGAUUGGUCUUUAAACUACAUUACACACACAAGUCUAAAGAACAGGUAUAAGGAUAGUAUGGAACGAUGGUAGAUUCAAGAAUUUGCUGCCCUAAUGCAAAUCUGAGAAAUAUCACAGAAUGGGUGAUGCAAGGUGGACUUAAACCAGUUAUGCAACGACUGCUUCAUGAUGUCAAACUCUAGAAGUCCUUCUUUCUCCCAGUUUGGCAUUAAUAGAAAAAUGGAGGAGUGGAUGGAAAAAAAGGCUUUAAAAUAUAAAGGAAGAACAAAGAAAGGCUGCAAAAAGAUGACAAUAACUUCUUUGGAGACCACUGCUUCCUAAACCCAGCAUUGAGUGAAUGGGAUUGAAAAAGUAUCAAAAGCAUGAGUGAAUUCAUAAAAGCUGGUGUUUUGGAGAGAAUGGAUUGGAAGAUUAACAAUGUUCUAAUGUUCUGCCUUUGUAAUAUUGUAUGUAACAGACAAAAUAAUGUCCAGUGAGCUAAAAGAGGUCUACGUCUUAGUUUGACAUAAUUUCUUACUCUAGGCCAUUAUCACAGAUUUCCCAUACAUUUCUUGUACCGUAGAUUAAAUUUGUGCAUCAACAUCAUCUCUAACCUGUGGAAGCUAACAUCAGCUACCAGCCCUUAGAGCUUGUCAGGCUGGCCUUGAGCAAAGCACUUUACAUUACAGUGGUCCAGCAGUAGAGGACUGUAGUUGUACUGGGAAACUCCCAACAGUAAAUGUGUGCAUCUGUAAAUAUGCAACAAGAAAUCGAUUAAAAAGGGCAUCCUCACCGAGCCAAAUUUACAUUGACUAUAUUGUUGAAUGAAGAUUCACUCUGCGAUGGUCAUAAAAAAAUAUUACAAUAAGACAUGGGCCACUUUUAGCCUGUUGACCAUUGUUUUGUACAUUAGGAUUGUCUGAAUAUGGGAAUGUUAAUUUUGUUUCUUGCCAUAUACUAGUAUUCGUUAAGUCGUAGGCAAUAGAGACAUGAUUAGAAAUGAUUGCUUGACUGAUUCUGAUUGUCUGGAUGAUUGAUUCAAUUGGUUGAUUGACACGGUAGCUUUGACGAGCAGCAUCGUCUCAUCUAUGCUUGGUUGAGCGUUUUCCUGAAAAAUCUGUUGCAAGGAGAAAAAAAGUCUAUAAAUCUAUCAUAUAUAUUUGUGAGAAUACCUUUAAUAAUGUCAAAAUGUUCAAAUUAAUAACCAUAUUUGGAAUCAGUAACAUUUUUACAUACUCCUUUCUGCUCGCCAUUUCGGUAAUGAAAAACAAGAUGCCGGGGGAGGAAAUUCUCAAAUGAUUCGAUUCAUUUGAGAAUUCGGAGAACUGCUGUCGCUGGCUUGUACAAUUCAUGUUCUGUCAUCACUCAUAAAACAAUGCCUCAGUGUCCUAUAAGCAUGCCUCUGUAUUGUGUGAGUGUUAACAUCAAACCACUAUGCAUUUAAACUGUAAGCUCCCAUUUUGCAGUUCACAAGACUUACAGUAAAGUGGAGGACAUGAAAAAAAUGUGACAUUGUUAAGCAUUUAAAAAAUUACUUUUGGAAAAGUGCCACGUGACGGUUAUAAUAAGACAAAGCAUUUCCAUCAACUAAGGCAAGAAAACCAUUUAAGUUACUCACAUCAGGAUUCAGUUAGACAGUUUUAACCUUUUAUUGUUAUUAAACAGAAAACAUCUUUGGCUAACCAACACAGUCUCACUCCCAACGCGUCAAAAACCGACAUUUGGUCAGGUGCCUAUGGCGUUAGUUACUGACCCAAAAGUGUCCCUUAGCGUCUCAGUCAGACGCAAGUGGCUUUCAAAUAAUUCCAAUGUUAUCCCAUCAACGGCGAUGUUUGAUGCUCUAGGUACCCCUUUGGUGUCAUUUUUGACAUGCUUGGGCAGGACUGUCGUCACUUUUUGACGUGCAGGGAAAACCACUUAGGGUUAGGGAAAGAUCCUGGCUGGAGUUAAACAAUGUACGUUUAAAUAACAUGCAGGACAAGAACGGGAGACAAACCCCGGUCUCUUAGAUGAAAGUCCAGUAUUGCGUCCCAUACAGAUGCUAGACGCUGCCUUUUGCGUCAGAACUGUAUCUUAGACUGAGAGACACUGACCAAGCGUCAGUAUUUGACGAGUUGGGAGUGAGAAGGGUGUUGGCUAACAGAUGCUUGUGAGCGUAAGCUGUAUCCUAUCAAGUUCACACCUGAUUAAAUAGUAAACUUUACGUAAGUUAUUACUUCUAUUUAUUUACUUAUUUAUCUAUUAAUUCAUAUUUCGUCAUUUUAAUAUUUUUAACUUGCCAUUUGAUUGUGUUCCAAAGUGUGCAUUGACAUUCUUAAGUGCCCAUUAUAUUUCUUCUUUUUGUAUAUUUUGUCUGUUAUGUUUAAUCUAAAUAUGAUUGUUGGCAUUUGAUACAUUUUAUAAGUUGUGAGUUGACAAAUCAACAUUUUUAAUUUUUAUUCAAUUAUAUUUUGUCAAACGAAAGUCGUAAUGCUGUGGGAGAAAAUAAUAAGGCUAGCCAAUAAGCAAGAACAGCUUGUUGGCAUUGCAUUUCUGAUUGAAACCAAUGGACACAUUUACACAAUGCUAAUAAGAUAGCUAUGGCUAAGAGUACAAUGUCCAAGCUUAUAAACCAAGUAAGAAGGUAUUUUGAAAUGCUAAUACUGUCUGUUUUGUAACAGUGGGUGCAACUAGUUAUAAGCUAACUCAAUAGAUUUUGUAGCCAUUGGUUUCCAUGCAGCUAACAAUGUUUAAAUGAAUGAGUCCAAAAAAGGAGUUCAUGUUGUUUCCCUAACUGUGCCGAUUGUCAGUCUGUUAAAAGGACAUUCUCUGACUUUGUUUAGCACCCAAUAGUGCUAUUUCAUCUCCAAUUUUGCUGUAAACUCAUAAAGUAAAACUGUAAAGUAAACUCGGAGAUUAUUUUUGGAUUUGUUGGCGCUAUUGAUUGUUUCAACAGAAUCAGAUUGUGCUUCUUAAAGUUAUCUGGGCCUUGUUUGCUGGAGAUUCAGCCUUAAUGUCAGUAAUACAUAUGAAUGUAAUUGCCUUCUUAUUAAUCUUGAUUUUCAAUUUAUUGCAAACAUAAGUAAGCCAUAGUUAAUAACCAUUUCAAACAAAUAGGUCAUUGGUAGACUGCACAUGCAUUUGAGGGAACUUCUGACAUUUUCACAAUUGGAAAAAGAAAUUCCUUAAUCAACAAAACAGAAAAAUGCUACAUUUGUUAUUAAAAAUGUUUACAUGUGUGGCUUGGGUGUGUAUCAUUCUCGGUUUGCAACAUGAGAUCUACAACAUUAUACAUCAAUUUAGUUUAGUUUUCUCAAAUGGAUAUGUAAUGUUUUGGAACACAGCUUUUAAAGUAUUGAUUUCUUAUAGUGUCACUUGCCUGCUCUUUCUCUCUCUGUAUUUACUAUCUGUCAUGUCUGUUCACUGUCCCGGACCGUCUCUUUAAUAUUCACCAACACUCAACACUGAAAUAAAGCAUUGGUCCCUAAAUGG